AUGAACUGUUACAGUCUUCAGCAGAACGCCUUUGCAGCCUGUGAGGAGAUGAGAGGUUCGGUUACCGUUAUGGAUCAGAAGGAGCCUCUCAUUUGUCCUAAGCCGCGGCGAGUUGGGGUCUUGUCGAAUGUUCAUAUGCGGCAAUUCAGAUUUCAUUUCAAUCAACAAGCUGAAUGUUCUGAUUCGAGAGCUGGGGCUGAGUUACUUGACAUGAUUUUCGAGAAGGAGUGUCAUGGAGACGAUUUUGCUUAUCAGGCAGCUUCAUCUCCACCCUAUUUUUGCGUGUCUCCACCGGUCCGGGCUGCAAAUCCCUUAGUCCACGACGCUCGUUUUGGAGACGAGAUCAUAUCAUCAUCACCAUCAGGUUUGCCAUCGCCAACCUCUGCAUCCCGCAAAGGCGGAUGUGCUAGGGUGAGUUUUGGACUCAAACCGGCCGCCGUUAGAGUAGAAGGAUUUGAUUGCCUCAACAGGGAUCGCCAGAAUUCGAGCAUCUCUGCUGUCGCGUAA